CAGUCUGUCAGUCAAUCAGACGACUCAAGUGUGGAAAGUGGCGGGCGGGCCGGUGCGCGCACGGCUACCCCCCCAACAUUGGUCAUCCUUCAGAGGAAGCAAGCUCUCUCUUUCUUUUUCCUCUCUCUCUCUCGCUUUCUCUCUCUCUACUCCCCCCUCUCUCUUUCUCUCAAGCUGUCCCUCUCACGCGCGCCUUUCUCGGUCCACCCUGCACGCACACGCUCACCUCCCGAGAGCUCGCAAACACUUGUCACGGCGUCGGAGCAGUCACUCAUCGGCUCCGACCUACAAGACGACAGCGGAUCGGAUCGUUUCUUUUCUGAGCUGAACUGACUCGGUGGAAAAGCAAUCUCAGUGCCUUUGAGAGGACGCCUGGUAAUGGUCAGUGUAGCUGCCCUGCGUGAUGCCUGAUCAUGACAGCGCCACGCUCCUAACCAGACAGACCAAGCGCCGACGAGUGGACAUCGGUGUGAAACGGACCGUGGGCGCUGUGACGGGGAUCCUCCUGGACAACAUGAACCAAUCCCACAGCCCCGACAGGGACGGAGAUUGCUCGCUGGUUGGUCGAGGCCACGGUGGUGGCAACGGUGAUGGAGAGAAAUCAAACGUGCUAAGGAAGUUACUGAAGAGGGCCAACUCGUACGAGGACGCCAUGAUGCCUUUCACCGGGGCGACUAUCAUCUCGCAGCUUCUCAAGAACAAUAUGGGGAAGAAUGGGGGGAGUGACUCGGGCUUCCAGGGCAGCGGAGGUCUGUCCAGCGGCGGCUCUGAGAUCCAGGCCGAGGAUGCCUGCAGCAAUUCCUCCUCUCAGGACCGGGACAGCCCGUCCAACUGCCUUUCACCUUCGGCCCCGCCGUCAUUCGGACGAGCGCUACCCCCUUCCAACCUCAGCGCCCACGGCCAGCCGCUGUCCCUCUCCACGUUUGACUUAGACAGGCUGUCGGACGAGCACCUUCGGGCCAAGCGUGCUCGGGUGGAAAACAUCAUUCGCGGUAUGAGUCACUCUCCGCUGGUGCGGCCCAGCGGCGACGAUCGCGGCCAGGAAAGCAACCGCGACAACCCGAACGAGCACAGAGGCGACGGCGGAAGUCACGGCCACAGACGGGGCACGGACUGCUCCUCUUCCCUCCUGGGCUCUCCCGCCUCGCGGGCCGGCGGGGUCGGCGCUGGCGAGGUGUACCGAGAGAACAAGAGGAAGCAGCGCUUGCCUCAGCAGCAGCACAGCUUCACUCAGCUGGUGUGUUCCAGGCAGGAGCAGCGGCAGGAGGAGAGGCGACAGCUCAAAUUGCAGCUGGAAGACAUGCAGAAGCAACUGCGGCAACUUCAAGAGAAGUUCUACCAGAUCUACGACUCCGAGACGGAGGAGGAAGAGGAGGAAAACCGCGAGGGUGGCGAGGCGGAGCGAGGAGGCGAGAGGGAUGAGGACGGUAACCUGUCUGAGGACAGUAUCCGCUCUGAUGGCCUUGAGGAGAGGCACAGGGACAGAGGGCGACGGCGCCACGAUGACCUCUCAGAGCUGGACCCGGGUCUGUUCCUAGACCGGGCCCGAGCCCUACUGCGACAACAGGCCUUGAUGGAUGGUGAGAUGGAGGAGGAUGUAGUGGGCAGGGCUGAGGAGGAGGACGAGGAGAGGAACGGGGAGAGGAUGAUGAAGAGGCAAGGGGGGAGGCAGUUAGCGGAGACACUGAAGCAGGAGCUAAAUUGCGCCGUGUCGCAAGUCGUCGACACGGUCGUGAAAGGUUUCUCGUCGCCCAAGCGAGCCGUCAGCCACCAUCACGGCUGCCACAGCACGCCGGCCGCCCCUUCCUCUUCCUCCAACUCAUCCUCUUCUGGCCCCCUGCCCUUUGGCCCGCUCCCUUCUCUCACCCCGGACCCUCGUUUUGGCGGCGGUGCCUUUUCCCUCAAUCUCCACGGCGAUGGCAGCCCCACCUCCAACUACCACACCUCCAAUCAAAGACUCCACUGCUUCGGCGACAUCAUAGUGCCGAGCCCGUUGGACUCGUUCAACGGUAUGAACGGCCGGCUAAGCGGGGUGCCGACGCCCAACGAUCAAACGGAGGCGCUGCCGCUGGUGGUGCGCAAGAGCAGCGGGAACGGCGACGACAACCCAUCUCUACCUCCUCCUCCUCCGCCUCCUCCUCCUCCUCCUCCUCACCACCCCUCCCUCCACCCCUCGCCUCUCACAGCCACUCUCGGCUUCAGCCCUCCGUCCUUUCGCCACCCCUUCCCCCUCCCACUCAUGGGCUACCCCUUCCACGGUCCUCUGGGCGGGGGGACGGGUUACGCCCCGGGGCCCAAGGACCACCACCACCACCACAUCCACACCUCGCCAGAUUCCAUGGACGCGAGCCGUGAAACUGUGAGCCUGAGAACCAAGAUGGCCGCUCUAGGAGCAGGGCACCUGGCUCACCACCACAACAGACAGCGCUCCCCGAGUCAACAUGGGCCUGAAGGUUUGUCCCUGUCGCUCAUCAAGUCGGAAUGUGGUGACCUGGCAGAUAUGGCCGACAUCUCGCCGUACUCAAGCGGCACCAUCCAAGAGGGUUUGUCGCCCAACCACCUGAAGAAGGCCAAGCUCAUGUUCUUCUAUACUCGCUAUCCGUCCUCCAACAUGCUGAAAAUCUUCUUCUCCGACGUCAAGUUCAACCGCUGCAUCACUUCCCAGCUGAUCAAGUGGUUCAGCAAUUUUCGAGAGUUCUACUACAUCCAGAUGGAGAAAUACGCCCGGCAGGCUAUCAACGAGGGCGUGACCGCCGUCGAGGAGCUAGCGGUGGGCCGCGACGCCGAACUCUUUCGGGCGCUCAACAUGCACUACAACAAAGCCAACGACUUUGAGGUGCCUGACCGAUUCCUGGAAGUAGCCCAGGUGACUCUCCGUGAGUUCUUUAACGCCAUCGUGGCCGGCAAAGACGCUGACCCAUCAUGGAAAAAAGCGAUCUACAAGGUGAUCUGCAAGCUGGACAGCGAAGUCCCCGAGACCUUCAAGUCUCCAAACUGCUUGCAGGAUCUGCUGCAUGACUAGCAAAGAAGGGGCGAGGAGCAGGAAGCCCAGGCCAGUGAACCCGCCACAAACUAAACCCGACGUUGGGUGAAGCUCUUGACGCUUCCCCGAGAUGCCAAGAAGUUUGUCAUGGACAAAGACAACCUUCUUCCUAAUGAACAUGAAGACAUUCACUUCUUCCUGGGCCAUCCAUGCAUGUUCUUCAUAUUUUUGCGGACACUGAAUGGAACCAACUAGAAAUAAAGAACUGAAUAUACAUACAUAUAUAUAUAAAGAUCUUUUUAUUGUGGAUGUUUUUAAGUGUCAUGGACAUGUAUGAGAAAAAAAAAAAAGUGGUGUUUCUGUAUUUUUGCUUUCCUUUCCCAUGCACGCCAACACGCACUUCCUGAUUAGUGAAGCUCCGUAGCAUUCCCACAAAAGCCUUCAUUCAUUUCCCUUCUACGUUUACAUUCUGUUCGUCUCAUUCGGUGCGGCGAUAUUUUGAUGGGUGUUUGUUCUCGGUAUAUUGCGGCCCGACACCACCGUGAUCCAUCGGGUCGUAUUUUGUGUGUGUGCGCCUUCAUUUGUUAAAUGUUCUUUUCAAACAUGGCUUUCUAUUUUAUAUUCAAUCAAAAGACCUGAGGGCAUCUCUUUUCCUUGAAGUGAAAAGUGGAUCUGCUGUAUUGAAGUGUUUACUGGACACCAAGAUUUACCGCAACAAUCAUUCCUGUUUCUGCUGGUUCCUUCCUGAAUUUUUCACAAUGACUUCCUGCUCACUGGUUCUAAUGGGAGGGGCUGGCUACGAUGAUAAAUAACAAAUAUUUCAAUUUCUACUCUGGUCCUUCACAGAAGUCAAAAAUCUGAAAGUGUCACGCGUAACAUUUUCAACAGCAGGGAAACAUUCACUUCUUCAAUGUUUUCACAAUUCUGACCAUUCUGUUUUAUUUAUGAUGAUAAUUGCUGUUAAUAUUGUUCUGAAGCUAAUUAUUCUAAUUAAAGCUUGCUACGGAUUGGA